AUGUCAGUCCAACAGCAACCCCUCAGUCAAUGGGUGACAGAGCUCAACGAUGCUCUGUUCAUCCAACAAAAUGAAGAAAUUGCUCUCAGGGCCGUCGAUGAGCAUGUUGAUCCAAGCUUAGUAGUCAAGAUCAACCACAACGUCUAUACAUACGAUCAAUUUAAGUCUGGCCUUCAAUACGCGCGUAAUGCUAGCAUAUCGAUCCAGGACACAUUUUCCGUAAUACUACAAUGGGAGAACCUUGAAAAGCCGGAAGGCGUGGUGGCGGUUCUUAGUAAAUGGACGGCCAAGCGCAAAGCAACCGGCCAGGAGACUAAGAAGACUACUGUAAUUCUCUGGGAGGUCAAGUGCAUUGAUGGGAAGAGGAAGCUUACAGGACAAACGGAGGUAGAGACUAUAAGAACAAGUUGGGAGGUUGUUGUGUAG